CCACCCGAUACCAUUUUCGGGCCGGGAUGAAAUGAAGAAAUUUGUCUUCCCCGGGCUUUUCGGCCAGUCUCUUUGUAUUUUUUUACGAUGGAAGAUUGGGCCGGAGGAGGCGGCAGUCCGUCUUCGGACGGCCACAUAGCCGACGCGUCCAGGAAAGUCCGAUCGGGACAAAAAUUGUUCCAUUAUUCCAUAUGAAAAAACAAAAACAAAAAACACAAAUGUGAAAAAACAAGGUUUUCAGGUCAAGAUAAAAAAAAAGGGAAAAGAAAGCUUUGCUAUGCUCAGGGUCCUUUCUAAGGCGCUGGCCAGGCAUUUACAGAAGUAUCCUGAUGAGGGAUUCUCCUGCCCGGCCGUGCCGAAUUGCGUGAACAGGUUUGGCAAUGCUCAAUGCCAGCGCCGGCGGGAGUCGACCCGGUCUCCGUGUAGGGGCUCAGAGAAUCUCGAAUCCUUCACGCCGCAGUUGGAGAAACACCUACACGUCAAGAACACGUACAUACCGGACAUCGUGGCGGGUAUGCAGUCGGUAGCGAAGAAGCGAUACGAGGGGGGUGAGUCUCGUAGGCCCGCCAAAGCAGAACAGCACGCCGUGAAGGGCUCUUCGAACGGGAAAAAGAAGAAGAAGCAGGAAAGAUGCGCCGGUACGACGCCCUUCCCGUCGUCCUCAAAGUGCCCCGUACAGGUCGAAAGGAUCAAGCAGAGCCUGUCGAAGAGGGAGGAGUUGAGGAAGAAGUCUAAAAGGCCUGAAGCCAUUAGCAGGCCCAAGACGAAAGAAAUGGAGAAGUGCGAGCCUGUCGAGUGCAAAGCAAAGUCUAGGCGCAAAGAAGAGAGCAAGUGGGAACGGAAAGACGAAGGCGGAGAUCCGCCCAAGCCUCCCAAACCCGAAAAUGUAGAGAAGGUCGAGAAGAAAGAUUCGAACGACUGUUUCGACAAAAUCAUGUACGGUUGGGCCAACCUGGCAAAGGAGAUGAACGAAAAGCCGAAGAAAGAAGCGCUCGUCCAGACCGGCGAAGGACCGCCGAUGAAGACGCACGAAGAGGUGCCAUGCCAGACGGGCGAAGGACGGCCCAUGAAGACGCACGAAGAAGUGCCAUGCCAGACAGACGAAGAACUACCUCCGAAGAUGCGCGUCAAGCCGAAGCCGAAGAACGACCAGCUCUGUUACUCCUGCAUCGAAGAGCUUUGGAAGGGUGGCCAUGGUGGCGACUGCAGGACGCCCCUUCCGGCCGACAGCCUCCAGAGGAUGGUGAAAGAUCAGUCGGAUCGUCUGGCCGGGAAGCUUGACCUACUGGGACAAAAGAUUGAGAAGGACAUCAAAGACAUGUUGGUCUCCUGGGAGGUGUCCGCCAGGAAGGCGAAGAGGGCGAUGGAGGACGUCGAGAGGUGUCAGGCCGUCGAUCGGGCCCAAGACAUCAAGUCGACGUCGACGGGGUCUCUCGAGGAUUGCCCAUAUGAAGUACAAAACAAAGUGGGACAAAGCCGGUCGGACUUGUCCUACAACGUAAUUCCAAAAAACACUCUUGCUUUCCAAUCCUGCAUUCCCACAACCAUCAGUUUUUGUUCGCAGGGAAGCUACGAAAGUGUCCCAGAAAGCGAAAAUCUGUCGCAAAAGGAGUCAAGAUCUUCGGUAACAUCGUGUCAAAAAGAAGUACAAGCCUCGGAGCAACCUUGGUUCCAGGACGCUCAGAGCAGGCUAGUCAGCAUGUUACAGCGGGUGAGGACGGCGGUGAACAAGACAAGAGCGCUGCCUAGCACCAUGUCGCAGCAUUCCAACUCGACCAUAUCCAGGCCUUAUUCGUCGACGAGCAACGACAGUUUCGCUCAGAAGAAAGAGAUCGAGGAGCUGUAUGGACUUAUUUCCGCCAAGGGUGAGAUCAUCGCUAAAGACAUUCAGAACAGGAUCAAAAAAGCUCUGAAAGAAUUGAGAAGCUGAGCGGGGAAAAGCAUAGAGAGGGCAAAGCUUAAAUAAAAAUGUUCAAAACAUAAUACAGGUUCCCUUUAUUUUCGAACACGGUUCCAGGUCCCGCCCUGGGAUUAUCCUCUGGAGAGGCGGAUGCAAGCUGACGACGUUGUGG